AUGAAUACAACUGAAGUCACAGAGUUGCAAAAAUAUAUUCAUAUUUUGAAAGAUAAACAAGGCUGCAGUGACGACUAUGAUGAGAAAAUGAAAGAUUACGCUCUCAAAAACAUUAACAAUCUGUGUGAAUCUCCUGAAUAUGCUAAAGGUAUUGUGAAGUCGUACCCAGCAGCACAAGAUGCGUUUUUGGAAUACGAUGGAUUCUCAGUGUUGAUGAGAACACUACAAAGUGAAGUUGAAAAAUUACAGAUAAAAACGGCAAGAAUGUUGAAUAAGAUUAUUUUAUCGAGAAAGGAGUUUCAAGACAAUUUGUACAAAUUGGGUUAUGUUCACCAGUUACUGGAGCUGUUACAGACCACCCACAAUGCAUCACACAAGCACUUCCUGGUGAUGUUGAAUAAUCUGGUAACAGAUCAUGACGGCUGUUUAGAGAUCUGCAGAAACCCGUCAGUGGCUUUAGAAGGAACACUGAAUCUUAAGAUUGACAGCAUUGAAGGAAUUCCACAUUUCUCUGAAGAAUUAAAAUAUGCCAAAAAGCUGUUAAUAACGUGUUUUCCACAUCGCCUUCAUGAUAUGGACAAGACAUGCACAUAA